AUGAAGAACCAGCAACAAAAGAGGACAUACAUCAUUCAUAUGGACAAGUCUCAUAUCCCAGCGAGUUUCAACGACCACCUCCUGUGGUAUGAAACUUCUUUAAAAUUGGUAUCCGACUCCGCCAAGAUGCUUUACACCUACAACAAUGUGAUUCAUGGUUUUUCAACUCCACUAACAAUCGAAGAAGCCAGGUUGCUAGAAGGGCGGCCUGGUGUUCUCUCCGUCCUACCCGAAGUGAAAUACGAGCUCCAAACGACUCGAACACCAGACUUUCUGGGAAUUAGGAAAGGUGGUGUUGAUCAAACUUCACUCCCAAAUUGCACCGCUACUAGUCAGAUUAUUAUUGGAGUUUUAGAUACAGGUGUGUGGGCUGAAAGCAGAAGUUUCUCAGACGAGGGUCUUGGCCAGGUGGGAAAAAAGUGGAAAGGUCAGUGUGAAACGGGUAACAACUUCAACUCAUCAAGCUGUAACAGAAAACUGAUUGGUGCAAGGUUCUUCUCAAAGGGGUAUGAACAACAGGGACCAAUAGAUGAAACAAAAGAAUCAAAGUCACCGACAGAUGACCAAGGCCACGGAACCCAUACUGCAACUACUGCAGCUGGAUCAUUUGUUCCCAAAGCCAAUCUCUAUGGCUACGCCCCGGGAAUAGCACAAGGGAUGGCUAGAUGCGCCCGAUUGGCCGCAUACAAAGUGUGUUGGAUAAAUGGUUGUUCGAGCUCUGAUAUCCUAGCUGGAAUGGAUAAGGCUGUCGAAGACGGUGUUGAUGUCAUAUCCAUGUCCCUCAGUGGACAACCAGAGGAAUACUAUCGAGACAAUCUAGCCAUAGGAGCUUUCGGAGCAAUGUCUCGAGGUGUCUUUGUAUCAGCCGCAGCAGGAAACCGUGGACCCGACGACGGAAGUGCGAUGAACACAGCACCAUGGAUCACCACAGUGGGUGCUGGAACCUUGGAUCGCAACUUUCCGGUGGACGUGAUCCUUGGGGACAAAAGAAACUUAACUGGAGUGUCGAUUUGCAGUGGAAUGGGCUUGUCAAACAAGUUUUAUCCUCUUGUCUACGCAGUUAAAGUGAGUAGGAGUACGUUAUUUGCUAAUCAAUGCGCGAAUGGUACCUUGAUUCAUAGCCAAGUUAACGGAAAAAUCGUGGUGUGCGAUCGAGGUGGAGACGUGCCGAGAGUUGAGAAAGGCAUUGCGGUAAAAAAUGCAGGGGGCGUAGGGAUGAUUCUGGUGAACGAGCAACCUGGAGAAGAUGCACUGGCCGACGCACACUUCGUGACCGCUGCUGCGGUGGAUAAAGAAACUGGUGAGUUGAUAAUGAAUUACAUCAAUUCAAGCACUAAUCCAACCGCCACAAUUGCUUGCAAAGGGACGCAGGUCGGCAUUCAACCAUCACCGAUCUUAGCAGCAUUCAGUUCCAGAGGUCCGAAUUUACUCACGCAGAAAAUACUCAAGCCCGACAUGAUAGCACCAGGCGUCGGAAUACUAGCUGGGUGGACUAGUAAGAUCGGACCUUCAGGACUACAAUAUGACGACAGGAGGGUAGAAUUUAGCAUCGCUUCAGGUACAUCAAUGUCUUGCCCGCAUAUAAGCGGGCUAGCAGCCCUCCUGAAGGCUGCACACCCACGCUGGAGCCCCGCGGCUAUAAGGUCUGCCCUCAUGACCACCGCCUACACCACGUAUAAAAAUGGGGAAACCAUCAAAGACACUGCGACGGGAAAGUCAGCCACUCCGUUUGGUUUCGGCGCAGGACACGUGAACUUCAUGUCAGCAAUGGAUCCUGGCCUCAUCUACGAUGCAGGAGUUGACGACUACCUAGACUUCCUGUGUGCCUCCAGAUACGACUCGUUCGAGCUUCAACCAUUUAAUAAUGCGCUAAAUAGAAGCUUUACGUGCGAUUGGAGUAAGAAGACGUACGAGGUAGGAAAUCUUAAUUACCCGUCUUUCGUGGUUCAUUUAUUUCCAGGUUUCGGCAAAGGCAGUGAUAACAGUGGCGUUGUUAAGUACAGCAGGACCCUAACGAAUGUUGGCUGUCCAUCAACGUAUAAGGUCUCAACGUCGGGGCUGACGGAUUCGGUGAGUAUCUCAGUUGAGCCUGGAACGCUGAGCUUCGCCCAGCCAAAUCAGAGCAAGAAUUAUACAGUGACAUUCAACUGCAGUGCGAAGCCUUACGGUACCACUGGGUUUGCGCGUCUAGAAUGGACAGAUGGGAAACAUGUAGUUGGUAGUCCAAUUGCUGUCAUCUGGGAAUGA